GCCGUUUCGAGGGAUGAGCAAUUAUAUUUGCCCGGAAACUGCUUACUAAUACUUGUCCAUUGGGAGAACCAUCAUUCUCCCAUCAGGAUUUUCAUCUGUUACAAUCUCCCUAUGUGGACAAGCUAGUUGGUCGGUGGUGGAAACAGAAGCUAUGGGUGUUCGGGAUGCUUUGUUGGGAGCAGCUGAGGCAGGUUGGUCACAUGUGGAGGUGAUAACAGAUGCUCUCUCGGCGGUCCAGGGGCUAAAAAAUGAGGGAGGUUCUUCUUGCCUUUUCCUGAUUCUUAAUGAUAUUAGGCAUAUACUAAAAGAUAAGAGUAAUUUUAUUGUCUCUUUUUGUAAACGAUCCGCGAAUCGUGUUGCCCAUGCUUUGGCAAGAGCCCACGUGACAAUCUCGGAUCAGUAUUGUUGGUAUGAUAGUAUUCCCGACUCUAUUGUAAGCCUGUUGGCGCAUGAUUUGGU